UAAUAAAACUACUAAUUAAAUUGAAUGUUGAGGAUAUUGCUGAUAUGGUAAAGAAAUUUCAUCAACGAGGAGACUUUAAUGUCUCAGUGUGUGAAGGAUCAGGGAGUCGGAGUGUAUUUCAUUUGCUACACAUUAAUAUCAUUGCAGUUGUAGCUGAUUACAAGAAGAAGUUAUUUAAUGAAAAAAAUGAAGAUAAAUUUUGUUUGCUAUUAACUUUUACUAUCAAGUGGAUCCAUUCAGCAAUAAAGUUCAAAAAUUGUUCGUAUUCACCAAGUUGUGCUUUUAAUAGUCAAAAGAUAUGGGUUGAUUAUAUUGUGCUAGCAUGUGUUGACAACUUCUCACAGAGAACACUGGCAGCAUUAACUAAUUCAUUCACUGUUGAAGAAGCAAUGUUUAAUUUACCACAUGAAGACACUUUUGUUGGCUCUGGAGGCCUUGAAAAACUGCUUAAAAAAAGCACAGUGCUCAAUUUAUUUAUUUCUCUAAGAAAUAUUGUUGUGCAUAUGAAGAAUUGGAUUAAGGAUUGUGAAGAUUUUAUUAAACUUCUUUGUGAACUACCUCUGUCAAUUCAUACAAAAAAUUCAGAAAACUACAUAACUUUUGCUGUUGGAAAAAAUAAAUCUGAAAUUCAUAUAAUAGCAGAGGUAAAAUUGAAAUUUAAGUGCUGGCAUUAUGUUUUUGAUAGGGAUUCCACUAUCUUGAUGAGUUUAUAG